AUGUCCCCAAAAACUGUUGUUGUUACUGGCUCUAAUAGAGGAUUAGGGUUUGGUCUUGUUCAGCAAUUUUUGAACGAUCCACUCGUAGAACAUGUGAUUGCAACUGCCAGAGAUGUUGAUAGUGCAACAGAUCUGAAAUCCAUCUCUGAUCAACGUCUUCACAUUCUUCCUCUAUCAUUGGGAUGUGAUGAAUCGAUUGCUGCUUUCACUAAAAAAGUGUAUGAAAUCGUUGGAGAUUCUGGAUUGACUCUUCUUGUCAAUAAUGCUGCCGUCAUGCUUCCAUAUGUAACAAAACAAAAACCAGAUCGAAAAGUUGUGAAUGAUUUAUUUGAAACCAACACGAUUGGACCAAUGAUUCUAACGCAAUCUCUUGUUCCAUUAAUCAUUAAAGCCUCAAAUCUCCAAAAUGACGCUUCGCUGUCGAUUUCUCGUGCUGCUAUUAUCAAUAUUGCUUCUGAAUUCCUGGGAUCCAUCUCAGAUAACACUUCUGGGUCUGGAGAGUACAAAGCAAUGGCAUAUCGAAUGACAAAAUGUGCAGUCAAUCAGUUUACCAAAACUCUUUCGAUCGAUUUGAAAGAUGAUCAUAUUUUGACGGCUGGAAUUUGCCCAGGAAAGGUUCAAACUGGAAUGAGCAAAGGAAAAGGAGAAUUCACUAUUGAGCAGGCGUCUUCAAAUCUCGUCGAAGCGUUCAAAAAACUUGGUAAAGAGCACAAUGGAGGAUAUUUCAGAAGAGAUCUUUCAGUCAUCCCGUAUUAA